AUGGAGUGCUUAAGGUGCUUCAACCGUAAUUUUGUGACAGCAACUCAUUUGUUUAAAGGCUGUGUCGGAGCGGGACUAUAUGCAAUGGGUGAUUGUUAUAAGAACGGUGGCUUGGUGUACGCUUCAAUACAAAUGCCCAUAAUAGCGGUUCUGUGCGUUCAUUGUGAACUAAUGUUGAUUUAUGGUUCAUUAGAUGCAGUGAGUAAAACAGAGGGCGCCGAAAGUUUUGAAUACCCUGACACGACAGAAAAGUGUUUUCAAUACGCACCCGGCUAUUUUAAGCCCAUAGCUACAGUUAUGAGAAGAAUAACUGAAAGUUUUUUAUUCAUAACUCAAUUCGGAUUUUGUUCGAUAUAUAUUCUAUUUAUUACAAAGAAUUUAUAUCAGGUUUUACAAACGUAUGAUAUAGAUUACGGUCAAUCUUUAACCAUGUUAUUCUGUAUGCCUUUUGUUAUGGUACCGUCUUUAUUCACCGGUUUGCACCAUAUUGCCCCAGUAUCAAAUAUUGGUAAUCUUUGCCUUAUUUUUGGCGUAGCAGCCACUCUGACAGUGGCUUUUACGGAAGGAAUGCCUUCAACGGAAGACCGAAGCUUAAUCACUAAUCUUCCCAAUAUGGCUUUAAGCUUUGGUACAGCAUUAUUUUCGUAUGAAGGAAUAGCUUUGGUUUUGCCGCUACGCAAUGCCAUGAAAGAUCCAAAUGAUUUCAACCGGCCUCUCGGUAUUCUAAAUAUUAUUACUGCUCUCAUAACUUUUGUAUUCAUAUUUACCGGUGUCAUCACCUAUAUAAAGUGGGGUGAGGAAGUAGAAGGUAGCAUUACGCUAAAUUUAGAUGAAACAAUCCCUUUCAAUCAGGCUGUCAAGUUAGUAGCCGCCUUGGGUGUCUUUUUUGGAUAUCCAAUACAAUUUUUUAUAAUGUUUAAUAUUAUAUGGCUACCGAUGUUACAAAGAUGGAAAUUUGUUCAAGGUUAUCGUUUAAUAGUGGAAGUGUCCUUGCGUUUUAUCUUUAUAGUCCUAACCUUUUGCGUCGCCCUGCUGGUACCCAAUUUGGAGCUUUUCAUUUCAUUAAUUGGUGCCUUUUGUUCGACUACAUUGGCGUUUGUUAUACCUGUUUUUAUAGAUUUUGCGGUAAAAGCUCAAACUCCCGAAGAGCUUAAAUGGUACAUUUAUGUAAAAAAUGUGAUAAUAUUGAUAAUCGCUUCCUUUGGUAUUGGACUCGGUACCUUUAAGAGUAUAGAGCAAAUAGUGGAAGCAUUUAAACAAAAUUAUAUAUUUAUUUCUGUUACCGCCACUAAUAAUAAUAACAACAGCGACGACGAAGCAAGCAGUAAUUACAAUAUUAACAGCGACAACAACUACAAUAACAGUAACGACGAUAAUAAUAGUAAUAACCUCGUAUUUUGA